GCAGCAGCGUCUGCUUCAGUGUGACAGUGUGUUUGCGUGCGGCGAGCAGAUCCACAGCCUGACAGAUGCAGCAGCAGACCGACGACAUGGAGGUACCUUUACUUAAUGAUUCUAACAGUAACAGACAGAAGUCUCUGGCUCCAGAGAGAGAUGGGUUCAGCCAUCAGCAGAAGGAUUCGGAGGGGUCCAUGGAGUCCCCGAACCUGGAGUUUGAAUAUGGGGACACGGACAGCUUCACUGCAGAGCUCUCAGAGCUGUACAGCUACACAGAGGAACCAGAGUUCAGUCUAAACAGGGAUUACUUUGAGGAAGACUUCAAGAAUCAUGUGAAGGGCCGGAGGUGGAUGGAGUUGAGUAUGGAGGAGCAGAGGGCAUAUGUCAUGAGACUGCUGGAUGCUCUGGAGGUCACUGAUCGAGACAAGAGGCUCAAAGUAGCCCGAGCCAUCCUCUAUUUGGCACAAGGUGUGUUUGAUGAGUGUGACACAGAAACUGACGUCCUCUACUGGUCCCGACACAACGUCUUCCUCCUCUACGACAUGGGCAUCUUCACGGCUCUGCUGGAGCUCCUCAGCAUGGAGAUAGAUAAUAACCAGGCAUGCAGCAGUGCAGUGAGAAAACCAGCCAUUUCUCUGGCAGACAGCACUGAACUCAGGGUUCUUCUGAGCAUCAUGUAUCUGAUGGUUGAGACCAUUCGUGUGGGAAUGGAGGGUGACAGUCCUGAGAGAAAGGCAGCCAGAGAGGCCUUCAAAACAGAGUUGGGUUCACCCCUUUAUAACGGAGAGCCCUUUGCCCUCCUCCUCUUCACCAUGGUAACCAAGUUCUGCAGCAUGAAUGCGCCCCAUUUCCCAAUGAAGAAAGUGCUGCUCUUACUGUGGAAGACCAUACUGUUCACUCUGGGAGGUUUCGAGGAGCUGCAGGAGAUGAAGGUGAGAAUGAGAGAACUUUUGAACCUGCCCCCGCUCCCUGAGGACAGCAUUAAGGUGGUGCGAAACAUGCGGGCUGCCUCUCCUCCAGCCUCGGCCAUGGAGCUCAUCGAGCAACAGCAGCAGCAGAAGAGAGGACGCAGGAGCCGUCGGAGUGCCUUUGUUGAUAGCUUGGAAGGAGACAGUCCAUAUGCCAAGAAACAGCCCCUGGUCAAGCAGGACAGCCUAGACACUUACAACGAACGGGACCCUUUCAAAAACGAUGAUGCGCGGGAUGAGGAAGAUGACCCAGAAGAUGUGGACAGUGGCAUCGAGGGAGAGGUCGACCCUCUCGACAGAGAUGUUAUUAUCCAACCACCACCUCCACCGCCACCACUGCGGCCGCCAACCGAGAGAGUGUCCUUCCCCAAAGGACUGCCAUGGGCUCCCAAAGUCAGAGAGAAAGACAUCGAGCACUUUCUGGAGACCAGCAGAAAUAAAUUUAUUGGCUUUACCUUGGGAAAUGACAUUGACACUUUGGUUGGGCUACCCAGGCCCAUACAUGAGAGUGUAAAGACUUUGAAACAGCACAAGUAUGUCUCCAUAGCGGAGGUCCAGAUCAAGAGAGAGGAGGAGCUGCAGCAGUGUCCCAUGACUAUGGGGGAGGAGGAGGUGGAAGAAACACCUGCAGAGAUUCUAUAUUUGGGAAUGUUGCCUAGUCUCUCUCAGUAUGUAAUUGCUCUGUUGAAGCUCCUUCUGGCUGCAGCUCCAACCUCCAAAGCAAAGACAGACUCUAUCAACAUCCUAGCCGACGUUCUGCCGGAGGAGAUGCCAAUCACCGUCCUCCAGAGCAUGAAGCUGGGCAUUGAUGUGAACAGACACAAGGAGAUUAUCGUCAAAACGAUUUCAGCUCUCCUGCUACUGCUGCUCAAACACUUCAAACUCAACCACAUAUACCAGUUUGAAUAUGUGGCUCAGCACCUGGUGUUUGCAAACUGCAUCCCGCUCAUCCUCAAAUUCUUCAACCAGAACAUUAUGUCUUACAUCAGUGCCAAAAACAGCAUUUGUGCCCUGGAUUACCCUCAUUGUGUGGUUCAUGAAAUGCCUGAACUCACAGCUGAAAGCCUGGAAGCUGGUGACAGUAAUCAGUUUUGCUGGCGUAAUCUCUUCUCCUGCAUCAAUUUACUGAGGAUCCUAAACAAAAUUACCAAGUGGAAACACUCAAGAACUAUGAUGCUUGUGGUGUUCAAGUCUGCUCCCAUCCUGAAGAGGGCGCUCAAGGUCAAACAGGCCAUGAUGCAGCUCUACGUCCUCAAACUCCUAAAGAUACAGACCAAGUAUCUGGGCCGCCAGUGGAGAAAGAGUAACAUGAAAACCAUGUCUGCCAUCUACCAGAAAGUCAGACAUCGGCUCAAUGACGACUGGGCGUAUGGAAAUGAUAUCGAUGCUCGGCCGUGGGAUUUCCAGGCGGAGGAGUGUGCACUACGCGAGUGCAUUGAGAAAUUCAAUACGCGUCGCUACGAUAAGAAUCAGAACACUGAGUUUACACCAGUAGACAACUGCCUCCAAAGUGUUUUAGGCCAGCGUGUCGACUUGCCCGAAGACUUCCAUUACAGCUAUGAGAUGUGGCUUGAAAGAGAGGUUUUCUCCCAACCUAUUCAGUGGGAAGGUCUGCUACAAGCCCAGUGAUCCUGUUGUGAUUAUUAUGGGACUUGUGUUUCUUAUUAAACCGACACAAUUGCUGUGGGAUCAUGCAAAUACUCAAAGCACUGAGGGUCUGCCAUUCUUGUUCUGUAAUGAAUUCUUGUAAGUAUAUAUAUAUGUAUAUGUAUAUGUAUAUGUAUGUAUGUAUGUAUGUAUGUAUGUAUGUAUGUAAGUGUAUGAAUAUGGAAUUGUGGUCUUCCUUAUUCUGUGUAAAAGCUGUGUAAAAGGUGCUUUGGGUAAAAAAUACAAAUAUAUCUGUUUAUGGAAUGAAAGAAUAUCUUCUGUAAUAUCUGAAGCACACUUUAUGUAUAAUAACUGCACAAUACAGUUUUCUAACAUACGUACUAUUCUGAAAUGAUCAAUAUUUAUUUAUACGGUCACUCACUGUGUCUAACUGUGGAAAUGUUUAAUGUUUAUGUAAAUAUGAACACUUCAUGAGGUUGUGAGGUACCACCUGAGGCAGGGUCUUUCUCAAAAAGUGGUUGAUGUAUUAAAAAUUCAUUAAUUUAUUUUUCCCUGUAGCAUCAUGUGUUAAACAGGAGGGUGUCUAUGUUCUCGAGAAAGCAGCGAGUCACCAGUUUUUGUCCCCACAUCACACAAAAGACCCCUGAGCAGCACAAUACACACAUUCAAAGUGGCCUUGGUGACUGUGCCGUCACCCACACUAAGCAUGUCGCUCACUCAAUGGUGCUGUUUUUUACACUUCAUUAUAUCUCCGUGUUAACUGCGUCAAUCUCUUCUGAGAUUAUAUGACAAGGUCUUGCGAAGCACUGUAUGAAAUAUUUGUGCUCUCUCCAUCAAAACACGGCACCUCUCUGUUCAUUCGUGCUUGUUUUACAGGGUUUGUCCUGCGAUAUAAUUCCUUAUUUUUUAUAUCCUCAUUGUUUUGUACUAAAUUAAGGUGCUGUGUGAAUGAAACUACCUUUGAUGAUCCAUGCCAAAUACAGCACCUUCACUUUUUUUAUAUGUUCACUGAUUUGUUGUACAGACUGCACUGUAAGUGAAUGUGGAAAAUUGAUGUAAGAGUCUUUAAUAAAUUAUAAAGAGAGUUAAUAACCAUAA